UCGCCGCGUCGGGUCUCUUCGUGGAAGGGGGAUAGAGCGCCGCGCCGCCAAGUUGCACUUGUGGUUACGGGCCCCAUUGUCCGGAGACCGGCUUGAAGGCCGAUCGCGUACGUCUCGUUCGUUCGCUCGCUCGCUCGCUCGUCAGCACGGUCGCCCGUCCCAAUUCUGCCCCAUCGACGUUAUCGAACGCUGUCGCCGGUGUCGCGUUACGGCUCGUCUCGUAAUUCAGUGUUGCCCGCCGAUUGUGUGCUCUCCUCGCGAUUUUUACCGGUGGUUUUUUUCGCCCGCUGUGAAGGUGUUCAACGAAUCUCGCAGACAUGGUCGCCGGCGGCAAGAUGAUGAACGUGAGGGUGACGACGAUGGACGCGGAGCUGGAGUUUGCGAUCCAGCAGACGACCACCGGGAAGCAACUGUUUGAUCAGGUAGUCAAGACGAUCGGGCUGCGCGAGGUGUGGUUCUUCGGUCUUCAGUACACCGACAACAAGGGCGACCUUACCUGGAUCAAACUUUACAAGAAGGUGAUGAACCAGGAAGUCAAGAAGGAGACUCCACUGCAGUUCAAGUUCCGUGCAAAAUUCUAUCCCGAAGACGUCGCCGAGGAAUUGAUACAAGACAUUACGUUGCGACUUUUUUACCUUCAGGUGAAGAACGGUAUUCUCACGGAUGAAAUAUACUGCCCACCGGAAACAUCCGUUCUGUUGGCUUCGUACGCCGUUCAAGCGAGACAUGGAGACUAUCAGAAGGGCAACCAUCCCGCCGGCUUCCUGGCGAAUGAUCGGCUGUUACCACAACGCGUGGUGGACCAACAUAAAAUGAGCAAGGAGGAGUGGGACAGCUCUAUUACAAACUGGUGGCAGGAACAUCGUGGUAUGUUGCGAGAGGACGCCAUGAUGGAGUAUCUGAAAAUUGCUCAGGAUUUAGAGAUGUAUGGUGUGAAUUACUUUGAAAUUCGCAACAAGAAGGGCACAGACCUUUGGUUGGGUGUGGAUGCUUUAGGUUUGAACAUCUACGAGAAGGACGAUAAGCUCACGCCGAAAAUCGGCUUCCCCUGGUCCGAGAUACGGAAUAUCUCAUUCAACGAUAAGAAAUUCAUAAUCAAGCCAAUCGACAAGAAAGCACCGGACUUUGUAUUUUUCGCCGCCAGAGUCAAGAUUAACAAGAGAAUUCUUGCACUAUGCAUGGGCAAUCACGAGCUCUACAUGCGCAGACGUAAGCCAGACACGAUCGACGUGCAGCAGAUGAAGGCUCAAGCCAGGGACGAAAAGAUGGCGAAACAGCAACAGAGAGAGAAACUGCAAUUGGAGAUAGCCGCCCGGGAGCGUGCGGAGAAGAAACAGCAGGAAUACGAGGAGAGGCUAAGAAAUAUGGCGGAGGAAAUGGACAGGCGGAACGCCGAGUUGAACGAAGCUCAGGAAAUGAUACGGCGCUUGGAGGAGCAGCUGAAGCAGUUGCAGGCUGCCAAGGAAGAGCUAGAGAAUCGCCAGAAGGAAUUGACAGCGAUGAUGGAAAAGUUGGAACUCUCGCACGAGAUGGAGGCUGCGGAGCGCGCCAAGCUCGAACAGGAGAUAAGAGCCAAGCAGGAGGAGGUGCAGCGCAUACAAUCGGAGGUGGAGGCUAAGGACGCGGAAGCCAGGAGAUUACAGGCUGAGUUCGAAGCUGCCAAAUUGAGACAAGAAGAAGCUGACCGGCAGUAUCAGGCCAAUCAGACGCCGCAUCACCACCACGUCGAGGAGAACGAGGAGGGCGAGGAGGAAGGUGAGGAUGAGGUUCCUCAAGGAGACGUCACUAAGGACCUCGCGACUGACGAGUCAAUAAUCGAUCCCGUCGAGGAGCGACGCACUUUAGCGGAGAGAAACGAACGUCUUCACGAUCAAUUAAAGGCAUUGAAGCAGGAUCUCGCCCAGUCGCGCGACGAGUCCAAGGAGACGGUGAUGGACAAGAUCCACAGGGAAAACGUGCGCCAGGGCCGCGACAAAUACAAGACGCUUCGCGAGAUUCGCAAGGGCAACACCAAGCGCCGCGUUGACCAGUUCGAGAACAUGUAAAUUAAUGUGCGUGCAUCUAAUCACUUACCUUAUACAUGUCCUUUCCUACCUUUAAUUUCUCACCUGAGCGCGAGAGCGGAGGAAUGCGGUAAAGCGAGAUAAACGAGAGGGAGAGAAAAGGAGAAAGCGAUUGAUAAGGAGGUAAGGCAGGGAGAGAAGUAGAGAGAGGUAUAGAUUCUACAAUCGAUGUAUAAAUAGAAUAACUUGAACAACAGCAGACACACAUUUUUCGAUCAAUCAAACUUUGAACCUUUUUCAAACAUUUGCGCGGUUGACUAUUAAGAAUUAUAAAGCAAUAUUCGCGUCCACGGUUAGUUUAAUGACGAUUCUAUACCCUCACGCAAAAUAAUCGAUAAUCAAAGCUUUUACACUUUCGGUGAGAGGAACGCGACGAGAGCGAGCGACUCGCGCCGUCUUCCACAUAUACUACUUCCACGUUAAUUAACGCUGCACGAUUGGCUCCAUCGCGGAAUGAAUCGUCUCACAUGUCUCAGGAGCGCGAAGCAAAUUUUUUCGCUACUUCGCGCAGACGUGCCUUGCUCGUGAAACUGAUAAUUCUUAAACUGUCUUCUAGUAGCAAAAGUGGCCCUGAAUAUUAUUACUCUAAUAAAUUAGCGUAACGAUAUCACUCUUGUUUCUACAAGAUAGAGGCACCUUGCGCCCGAGUGACGAGAAAAUUUCCGGCAUUGAAUCAAUUCGUUACCGUUACUUAAACCUUUUUUUUCUUGCGCAUCGACGGAUCCCCAACAUCUCGACCACCGAGGUAUCAGUAUUGUCUCUCGUCACGCAAUAAGUAUUACUGCCGGUCAUUCAAUUCGCGUCGCGAGACGCCCUUAAUCGCUGACUACCCACCGGUGUGUUUCCUGCCCGUCGCGGUUCUUAUCGCGUCGUCGCGCGAUAUCGUCCGUCCUCGAUAAUAAGGAUUUUCAUUUUCGAGAAGCCAUCAAUGCCUAUCAUCACACCACUUGCACCUCGGCUGAUGCGUCGCGACGGCAAUCGCGGUCGUUACCCGUUUACGGACGGUUGUCUUCUAUUUGUACGCUUAAUUCGGGCCAUAUUAGACAGGAGGAUGUUGUAGACGUUCGGGGAAGUUACUUGAUGUCCACUAAUAGUUGACCGGCGAUUUUGUAAGCCACUACACCGGACACGCAGAGAGAUCGAGAUCACGUGGCUUAUUGUAGCGAGUUAAGUAGAAAUUUAGGCGUAAUUCACCUUUUGAAGUUCGUAUUGGGGCAGCGACCGCUUCGAGCAAGGGGACAUUUUACGACAUCCGACAUUUAUUUCCGUCUUUCAGCGAUAAAAAUUCAAAGUUCUGAGCAAUAUUAUUUAUUAGAUAAGUAGUCAUCUCGUGUAUACGUAUACGUACGUUUCGGGAAAGUCGGCGAAUAAGAUUCGAAUCUUCAAUUGCGUUUCUAAAAUUCAAUAAGUUUUAAGAUAAAAUAUCUCAUUCGUCGCAUGUCGCGCAUUGUCCCCUUGUACAUUAUACACGAAUCAUUGCGGCGCAAUCCGUCAUUCCGGAUUAAUAAACGUAAGUGAUUCAAAUGAUGGCAUGGCCUAUUUACUACUGGUAAAACUGUACCGAACUAUUUUCGUACGAGCGAGUUUCGAUAACACGUUAGCGAUUUUAUAUUGAACACACUCGUGGCCUUUACUUGAUAUACAUAUAAAGUAUAUAAAUAAAUAUAUAUAUAUAUAUAUAUCGAAGUACUAUAGGUAGUACUAAUGUAAUGACUAGCCGAGAGAGAAAGAGAAAUGUAAGGAUAUCGCGCCAUAGAAAAUGUGUCCUGCAUACCUUCACAACACAAGAUCGAAUCGCGCGAUACCCGCCUAAUGGCUUUAGCUACCAAGAUUUCCGAAAGAAUGAGGGAACGAGUGCGA